UUCGUUUCUUGUUUACAUUUCGAUAAAGAACUAAACUACCAAUUAUCUUAACAUGGCUUUUAAGUUUGUUUUUGCACUUGCCUUCGUAGCUGUUGCCAGCGCUGGUUAUGUUCCAGCUGCUCAAGUUUUUCAGACUGCUCCAGUUUCGGUACAUGCUGCUCCCGAAGCUGUUGCUCAAAAAGUUGUUGUUAAGUCAGAGGAAUAUGAUCCUCAUCCCCAAUAUAGAUUCUCUUAUGGUGUGGAUGACAAAUUGACUGGUGAUUCCAAGAGCCAAGUUGAAGAACGUGAUGGUGAUGUAGUGCGUGGUGAAUACUCUUUGAUUGAUGCUGAUGGCUACAAACGUACUGUUCAAUACACUGCUGACGCCCACAAUGGUUUCAAUGCUGUCGUACAUCGUGAACCUCUUGUCAAGACUAUUGCUCCAGUUGCUCAUUAUGCUGCUCCUGCCGUAGUAAAAACUGUUGCUCCUGUUGCCCACUAUACAGCUCCCGCUGUAGUAAAAUCUUUUGCUCCAGUAACUCAUUACUCGGCUCCCACUGUGGUUAAAACUGUUGCUCCAGUAGCUCACUACUCCGCUCCUACUGUAGUAAAGACUGUUGCUCCUGUUGCCCAUUAUUCCGCUCCAGUCGCUCACUACACCACUCCUGUUGACCACUACUCCGCUCCAGUCGCUCAAUAUUCCGCUCCUACACAUUACACAUCUUAUGCUGCUCCAUCUGUUUCAUACCAUCAUUAAGCUAUUUAAAUUACUAUAUAAAUUGUUGAUCUAAUCGAAUAUUUAUUGUACGAGUUCAAACGACAUGUAAAAUCAAAAUAUGUUAAGUUAAUAAAAUGAUAUUGAUAAAA